AUGUCAGUGUCAGUGAAAAAAAAAUAGUGAAGCCUUUAGACUAGUUGGUGACAGAAGUGUUUAGUGAAAAUUUUUUAGUCCAUAAUUUUUCACUUUCUUCGGAAGAAUAUGAAAGUGUAUCCUCGGGAAGGUGUCUCCUCAAAUUCUAUUUCGUAGAUAGAUUAUUUGGAUAGGGUACAAAUAUGGCCUCGGGCGACACCAUAGAAACUAUCCAAGUUAUAAACUCAAAUUUGGCAUUGAAUAAUAUGAACAAUUCGAAGGAACCACCCGGAAUCUACGAAUCUGGGGCCGCGGGCGAGAACGAAGACAAGGAUAACCUUUCGGUGUUGAACAAAAGCUUUCAGGAUGCGGGCGAUCAGAAAUCCAUAUCAAAUGCAGCCAGAACAAGGGCCGAGAAGGAAAAAGAAAAGGAGAGAAAAAUCGGACAUCGAAGAGUGGGAGUUGGAGGCGAGAUCACCUAUAAGAAGAUCCAAACUACCCAGAUUAUGGGAUCUAUCCAACUCGGUAUCCAACAUGCUGUAGGUGGUCUAGCUUCCAAACCAGAAAGAGAUCUGCUCAUGCAAGAUUUCAUGACAGUCGAAACUACAAAUUUUCCUAACGAAGGCUCCAAUCACACACCUGCUCAUCACUAUUCAGAUUUCAAAUAUAAGAAUUACGCCCCGAUAGCUUUCAGAUAUUUCCGAGAUUUGUUCGGAAUUCGGCCUGAUGACUUUCUGAUGUCUAUGUGUGAUACUCCACUAAGAGAACUCUCCAAUCCUGGUGCUAGUGGUUCUAUUUUUUAUUUAACGGCAGAUGAUGAGUUUAUCAUUAAAACUGUUCAACAUAAAGAGGGCGAAUUUCUUCAAAAAUUAUUACCAGGUUAUUAUAUGAAUUUAAAUCAGAACCCUAGAACAUUACUGCCAAAAUUCUUCGGCUUAUAUUGUUAUCAAUGUAAUAGUAAAAACGUAAGGCUAGUAAUUAUGAACAACUUGUUACCUAGCAAUGUAGCUAUGCAUCAAAAAUAUGAUCUAAAAGGGAGCACAUACAAAAGAAAGGCAUCAAAAGCUGAAAAGGCGAAAAGAUCGCCCACCUACAAAGAUUUAGAUUUUAUGGAGCACCAUCCGGACGGAAUACUAAUGGAAGCUGACACACAUAAGGCCUUAGUCAAUACCAUACAACGAGACUGUCGGGUUUUAGAAAGUUUUAAAAUUAUGGACUACAGUUUGUUGUUGGCUAUACAUAAUUUGGAUCAAGCUCAAAGGGAGAAAUUGGAAAAAAAUUCUCAUACGAAUCUGGAACACGUGCCACAAGACGGCGACGUAGGUGGUCCGAGUAAUCGAAUGUUGUACGAAGAAAGAGAACGAGAAAGAGACGACAGAAUAGGAGCUUCAGCUUUGCUCAAUAGAAGUAAAUCCAUAAACAGGCAGAGGCUGGUGGCUCAUUCCACAGCCAUGGAAAGUAUACAGGCUGAGUCGGAACCUAUAGAUGAGGACGAUGAUACACCUCCUGGUGGAAUUCCGGCACGUAACGCCAAAGGAGAGCGACUGCUCCUGUUCAUCGGUAUUAUUGACAUUUUGCAGAGUUAUCGACUGAAGAAAAAACUGGAGCAUACCUGGAAGUCUAUGAUACAUGACGGAGAUACCGUUUCGGUUCACAGACCCAGCUUUUAUGCUCAGCGUUUUCAAAAGUUCAUGGCCGAAAAAGUAUUUAAGAAAAUUCCGUCUCUGGACCUGCCUGAAAUUAAGGGCAACCAUCGUAAAUUCCGCACCCUGGUAACGAGCUACAUAGCUCUCAAACAUUCCCCGUCAAAACGAAAAUCGCUGUCGAAACCUUUAAGACACGAAGAGUUGUUAGAAAAUAUUAGCCCCACAGAAGCUCCUAUACCAACAAGUACGAAAAGCCUACCUCCUACUACCUCGACUCUCAUUACAACGGCCCCUAUAUCUCCUCCCUACACAUCCUCUUCCACACCGUUAACGUCACCGCCUGCGAUCUUCCCCGCCGUGUUGGUGGGUCCUAAGCAGAAAGUGCCGCCCCCAGUACCCCCACGGGGUACCCCGAAAACUAAACAACGCAUCGACCUGAAUGGAAAAGGUGUAGUACCCAGUUGCUGCAGUACACCGCCCCCCACCUAUUCCGAAGGACUUGACCGGAGCGACGCGGGAUCCACGACCGGUUCCGUUUCGGGACCAGCUUCUUCCGCCUGGGGUUCCAGACACCAUCCCGGGGGACAUCAUCACAGUAGCUCGCAUCACCACCACGUGGUCAUGAAAAACUACAAAGACGAUUCGGUCAGUUAUAUUUCCAGUAUAACCGAUAUCAAAUUGGAAUCGUCGCGAGCUGAGACUAAGUCCUCGCUCAGCGUAGGAUCGUCGGGAGGUAGUUCAACGGCCGGUGGUCAUAGUUCCUCAGGCGGUCACUCGUCGAGAACAGGGUUGGUGUGGACGCCUCCGACUUCCGUCGAGGGAUCGACGCCCACCUGGACCGAAGGUUGUCCAACGACCCCGUUUAGAAAAGGCUCGAGUACUUCCAGUAAGCACCACAAAAAAACUGUAGAGCACGCCAUUAACUGCCUGACAACGGAAAUGGAACAGUUGAAGAACCGCGUCGAGCUGGAUUACGAUUGACAAUGACAGAACUAUAUGUAAAAUUGGUGUAAUAGCAAACUGAUUUUGCUCCAUUGAUAGUGUGUUCGUCAUCAUUUUUAUCAUCUUGCGUGUGAUCGCUCCUAAAAUAUAUCUCUACUGUGGGUUUGUUUUACCACAGAGGGAUUGUUUUAAGACUUUGACGCUUGUGCUGUGUAAUUUUCGAGGAAUGAGGCUACAAGAAUAAAUCUAUUACUGAAUUACAAAAUGAAUUCUUAACAAUCGCUAGUAAGUCUUGAAUUGGCUCAAGUAUUUAUUUUUGAGGGUCGAGAAAUAUUUUUGUAACCCUUAAGCCUCUUAUUAAACACGAUGUUGGAACAUUGGCGAAUAUUAUUAUUAUUUUCUAGUUAAAAUAAGUAAUUAAAAUAUCGUCUCUAUUGCUUCAUCAAUAAUUGUGAAUAUGAUCUGUUUUAUAAUAAUAUGCCUAUUAAACUUGGUUCUUAACAUUUUUGUGGUUGGUUGGUUUUUUAUUUUUAUUUUUGUUAUUUUUUUUUCUAGUACAAGUAUGAAAACUCUUCGAUAUACUUCAUAAGAAAAUAUUAAUAACCAAGUUUCUGUACUGUAUAGUAUUUUGACAUUAAGUGAUAAAGUAUUUUGUUCCCUAGCGAGCUAAACUAGCUCCAGGAUAUAUUUUAUUUUCAAAAUUCUAGUUAGCAGUAUUUUUGCGAAUAAUACGAAUGGCCGUAUCAUCCGUGAAUUAAUUGUUUACAUUCCAUCACUCAUAUGUAUUUGUAAAAAUUGAUGUAAUGUUUUUUGUAAUCUCCUGUUUCAUAAAUGUGAUCUUUUAGCACUGUGUACUGAAAAUUUCACUUAUUUGGCACCACAGUGCGUUCUUAAUGUUCAUAUGUUCAAAUGUGGCAAUAAUUAUUCUAGAUUUAAGUUCAAAAUUGACUUAUUUAUAUAGGUAUUCUGUCAAAAAUGUUUUAUCACAUGUUUUUUAUGUACCAACUAGAUAUUAUUGAUAUUUUAUAUAUGUAUUUAGUAUUUAUUUAUGAUACCAAUGCUUUUUAUAUUUUCCUAGAUAAAAUUUUUCAAAUCAUAUUGUAAAAAUAAGGCUCAGGUACAUAUUUGUGCAUAUUUAUUGUUAAAAUUUGUAAAUGUUGUAGCGGGUAGAUUUGAAAUAAUAAUAAUAAUAAUGAAAAGUGGAUAAUUCAAAUCUCACAUUGCAGAUUAUCGUUUAUUCUCAAACAAUCAAUCAUUGGAUUUGAUUGGUUCGAGAUUUAAUAAAAACUAUAUUAUGAUAAUGCUUGAAAAGUUGUUAGCUGACCUGUUUUUUUUUAUAAUGCUGAUUGUUAUGUAUAUAAUAUGAAAAAUAAGUCCUAGAGAAAUUUUUAAAAGGUUUUAUUGCUCUGCUUAUCUAGCUUUCGAAAUAUAAAUAUUAUAACGUAA